AUGUCAGAUUCAGAAAAGUCCCUCCCACCAGUCGUCAUCUCCCAAUACCCAAACAGUCACUGUGCUUCCCCACAGACUCCGAUUCACAAGGAAUUCUAUUCACCGACUACUGAACAGUCUCCCACGUCCUCUGUCUCCAGAUCCGACUCCGAUAAUGAUGAACGAGCCCUGACACUCACUAUUACUCAAGCCUCAAGACAAUCUGCCACAAGAACGGCGACAAGAAUAACCACUCACGGCACCGACCUCACGUUAGAUCCGUCGUUUGAAGUCGACUUUGAUCCCGAUGAUCCUGGAAAUCCUAGAAAUUGGUCAAUAUGGUACAAAUCCUUUGCCAUCUUCACGAUAUCGUUUGGCACACUGGGAGUGGUCAUGUACUCGACCUCAUACACCUCGGGUAUGGAUGCCAUGAUGCAAGAAUUUGGCGUCAAGUCGGAACCUAUUGCCACCCUUGGUGUCACGACCUAUCUCUUCGGGCUGGCGGUAGGUUCCCUACUUCUCGCCCCAAUUGCUGAGACGUAUGGUCGAAAACCCGUAUAUACUAUAUGCAUGGCCAUUUUCACAGUUCUUGUCCUCCCUACAGCCGUUGCUACAGACUUGCAGACCGUCAUUAUCACCAGGUUUUUCGGCGCUGUUUUUGGAAGUGCCAUGAUAGCCAAUGCGCCUGGAUCGAUUGCGGAUUUGGUCUCGGAUGAGUAUCGGGCGACCGCCUUCUCUAUCUGGUCGAUUGGGCCAAUGAACGGCCCUGUGGUUGGUCCGACCAUCGGAGGCUUCGUGACUGAAUACCUAGGCUGGCGAUGGACUAAUUGGAUCGCCAUGAUCUGGGGGGGCUGCGCAUUUGUUUUACUGAUACUUCUGAAAGAGACCUAUGCCCCGGUCCUGCUGCAGCGGCGAGCGAAGAACUUGCGACGAGUUCAUGACGAUGAAAGGUACUGGAGCCGUUACGAUAUUCGAGUCGGAUUUGUCGAGCUGAUGAAGAUCAACCUGUCACGCCCUUUCAUCAUGGCCGUUCAAGAGAAAAUCUGCAUUUUCUGGAAUCUUUACAUCUCCAUCGUCUAUGGCAUCCUCUAUCUAUGUUUCGUUGCCUACCCCAUCGUCUUCACCGAACUGCGCGGCUGGUCCACUGGCAUCAGCGGCCUCUCUUUCCUUGGGAUUGGGAUUGGUACGAUGGCAAUUAUCUGUAGCGCAUCGCCCAUCCGCAAACUCAUCAAUUCGCACAAGCGGGACCAAGAUGGAAACGUGCCACCCGAGGCAAUGAUGAGCAUCGUGUGCAUCGCUGCCGUGCUGGUCCCCGUCGGCGAAUUGUGGUUCGCAUGGACAUGUUACCCCACGAAGAUCCACUGGGCCAUCUCCAUUGCUGCGGGUAUCCCCUUUGGAUUCGGCAACGGAGCCGUUUUCAUCUAUGCGGGAAAUUACCUCGCGUACAGCUAUGGAAUCUACGCGGCAAGCGCGAUGGCAGGCAACGCCGUGAUGAGAUCCUUCUUGGGUGGAACGUUGCCCCUAGCUGGGCCAGCAAUGUAUCGCGCCCUUGGUCCCAACUGGGCAGGAACACUACUCGGGAUCCUCGAAGUCAUCAUUAUCCCGAUCCCCUUCCUCUUCUACCGGUACGGCAACCGUAUAAGAGAGAAGUCCACAUUGAUCCGCCAAAUGCGGGAAGACGAAGAACGCCAAGAACGCAAGCGGAGAAAGGCCGAGGAGAGGCUACGCAUCGCGGUGAUGAGCGGCGAUGAAGAGGAGACAAAGGAGGCCAGGAAUGAGCUGGUCAGAGUCCGGAGUCGUUUGGAUGAUGAGAAGAAUCUGGAGGUUGCCGGGCAGGAGACAUUAAAUUGCAUACAAGGCCUGGGACCUGGGAAGGAGACGGUUUAA